GUCUCAGGAGGGACGCUUUGGCCGCCCAGUGGUGCGAAUCCGGAAGUGCUCCUCCACAGUAGUCCCCUCCAACCCCGCGUCCCGGAUGUAGAAGUAGCAGGGCUGCUGCUCUUCUCGGUCGUACACCCCCUAAAGAGCUGGGGCAGGUGGGUUCCGGCGUCCUUCGCUUCGGGCCUUUCCGGCUGAGCCAAGGCUGGGAGAGGGGCGGCGGCGGGCAGGGCAGGCCGGCUUGGAAUUUAGUUGCGUUGUCCUGAUUCACGGAACAAACUCAUCUAUUGCAGGCUUAGCCUGGCCCGAAGACUUUGUAAACAAGGAAAGUUCUGUAUGCUAUCAGCGUGGCAUUUCUGAGAGGUCUUAAUCUACAACUUUAUCAAGAACUAGAAUCCUGUGGGCAUCUUUGAGGGAGAUUGAGCCCGCCUGGAUUUCAGGAAAGGAUGAGAUAAUGUGUGCUCAACAUGUAGCGGACACCUCCGAAGUCAAGUGGCAGAAGGUUUUAUAUGAGCGGCAGCCAUUCCCUGAUAACUAUGUUGACCAAAGGUUCCUGGAGGAGCUCCGGAAAAACAUCUAUGCCCGGAAAUACCAAUACUGGGCUGUGGUAUUUGAGUCCAGUGUGGUGAUACAACAGCUGUGCAGUGUCUGUGUCUUUGUAGUCAUUUGGUGGUACAUGGACGAGGGUCUUCUGGCUCCCCAGUGGCUUUUUGGGACUGGACUGGCAUCGUCCUUGGUUGGGUAUGUGUUAUUUGAUCUUAUUGAUGGAGGUGAUGGACGGAAGAAGAGUGGGCGGACCCGGUGGGCCGACCUGAAGAGUACUCUGGUCUUCAUUACUUUCACGUACGGUUUCUCACCAGUGCUAAAGACCCUGACAGAGUCCGUCAGUACGGACACCAUCUACGCCAUGUCCGUUUUUAUGCUGUUAGGCCAUCUCAUCUUCUUUGAUUACGGUGCCAAUGCUGCUAUUGUAUCUAGCACACUGUCCUUGAAUAUGGCCAUCUUUGCUUCUGUUUGCCUGGCCUCACGCCUCCCCCGGUCACUACAUGCCUUCAUCAUGGUGACAUUUGCCAUCCAGAUCUUUGCACUGUGGCCCAUGUUACAGAAGAAACUGAAGGCGUAUACCCCAAGAAGCUAUGUCGGGGUCACCCUGCUUUUUGCCUUUUCAGCUUUUGGAGGUCUUUUGUCCAUUAGUGGUGUGGGAGCCAUACUCUUUGCUCUUCUGCUGUUUUCCAUUUCCUGUCUCUGCCCUUACUAUCUCAUUCACCUGCAGCUUUUUAAGGAAAAUAUUCAUGGGCCUUGGGAUGAGGCAGAAAUCAAGGAAGACUUGUCCAGGUUCCUUAGCUAACCUAGGGACCUGCAUUUCAUUAUUAAGAAAAGUUAAAAGACUUAGAACCUAACCAGUGUAACAUUUAAAGGCAGGGUUCCACUCUCAAAGCAGCAGGCUGAUCUGGGUGGUAGAGCUGAGAUCAGAAGAGUUUAACCAAGGGUUUAGGGGAAGGUGUUUGCCCUUCAGUUUACCUUGUGACUUAAAAAGCUUUCUGGUGCUGUUAUGAAUUAUUGUCCUUUAUUCCCUCUAACAAUGAUGUGAUGUGGGUUCUGCUUAUUAAAAGAGUAACAUCUA